AUGGUGUUUCGAGGUUGUCAUGUUCAAGUCGGAAGCGUGGUAUUGGGGGCUAAUCUAAUUCCUUUAGAGAUUGUGGACUUAAACUUUAUUCUAGGGAUGGAUUGGUUAGUGAAGUUGCAAGGAUAUUCGGUUUUGAAGCCAGGGACAACAGGUGUGGUGCAACAGUUUCUCGAUGUGUUUCCAUAUGACCUUCCUCGAUUACCUCCCCAUCAUGACAUUGAGUUCACUAUUGAGCUUGUUGGAGAGGAGGACCAAACAGCACGAUUUCGUAGACUUAGUCAUGCCAAUGACCUUGAUCUCUACUUGCCAGUGUGA